UAUAGAUAAAACAGGUAUUGAAAGUGAGGUAUUCAUCGCAACGAAACAGAUUGUGGUACUCGUGUGUAAAGAAAUUAAAAAAAAAGAAACAAAAAUGAGUAACUCGUGUAAAUAUUAUACUGAGAGGACACUAGGAUGGAUGUUGAACAACAAAAUUAUAGUGUUUCUGAGUCUUCUGUCGUUUUGUCUGUUCGUGUCUACAUUAGCAAUGGCGGGCCAGAGGAACAAGUUAUGGUAUGAAAUAUAUGACUUAACUUCUACUGAAGCUCCUACUACCCCACCACCUACCCAGGCAUCUACCCCAGCAUCUAACGUAAAUGAAGGAAACGAUAACGGAGCAGGUAAUGGAGGAGGUGACAACACAGGAGGAGGUGACAACACAGGAGGAAAUGACAACAACACAGGAGGAAAUGACAACAACACAGGAGGAGGUGACAACACAGGAGGAGGUGAUAAUAACACAGGAGGAAAUGACAACAACACAGGAGGAAAUGAUAACAAUACAGGAGGAAAUGACAACAACACAGGAGGAAAUGACAACAACACAGGAGGAAAUGAUAACAACACAGGAGGAGGUGACAAUAACACAGAAGGAGGUGGCGGCAACUCAGAAAACCAAGGAGCAGAAGGACAACAUAGAAGCUCUGGAAACCAAUUAUAUGACAGUAAAUUAUUCCAACUGCUUAGCGGUGCUUAGUCAUCUUAAUGUAUGCAAGCCUGUGUGAUUUUUGAAGUUUUCAUGAAGAAGCGAAGUGACUUUUGGGUUUCGUUCUAUAUAAUUAAGUUUGUGUGAAAAUAGUUUGAUCUUAAAUGUGGGGCAUUUUAUGUUUCGCGACAAGUGUGGAGUUACUACAAUAAUAUAUUUUUAUGGUGGUGUCUUUUAUAAUGCAUAAUUUCCUGUAUAAUAAACUACGGAGUAAAGUUAAUCUACAUAAGUGUAAACUGAAGAAAA